CAAACUGACCGAAACACUUCCGUACUCUCUUGGGCUCAAGGCUCAAGCCGUUUUCAGCAGUUCAUGAGCCUUUCGGCACGUGACUCGUUUUGCCCCUCUCGGACAGCAUGCGGGGUAUGGAGGUUCCAUCCUGGGCACGCGCGCAGCAGCCCAAGAGUGUAUCACUGUUCGAGAAGUGGGCGAAGGAGGACCAAGAAGGAUACCGCCUGCACAAUGCAGCCAUGCGAAAAAAGACUACUUCUUUGAAGCCAGGGAAGGUUCCUUCGCGGCCAGCAACUCCUGCUCAAGUGCGAGCGAAGGUGCGCAAGCUGAUCAACAAGAGGAGCAUGAAGAUAAAGGACAUCCAGAAAUUGAUGGGAAAUCCAAGCGGAUGGGGAAAAUUUAUGAACGGUGCGUCGUACAAAUAUCCGAGUGCUGGAGCAGCCCUCUGCAAUGAAGCCUACAAUGCGGCAUCUUUCUUUUUUUGGUGUGAAAAGAAUGUUUCCAGCCGGUUACCUCCUGUCAUGAAGGUUGCUAAGCCCAGUUUGCCUGACAUAUCUGCAGUCAAAGUCACGAGGCACCCGCUGGUGCACAUCAAAAACACACAGACAGCACUCAAGAGGAUUUGCAAGAAGUACGACCUCACCUACUCCAAGAUGUCGGCCCUGAUGGGCCGGUUGAAAUUUGGCCCCCGCGUCUCGGUUGCACAAAUCAGCAAGUUCGUGAACACUGGUGGAAGUGAAGCUUUCGGUGAUAUAGCAGAGUUCUGUGAGAAAGUUCAGAUGGCUGAGGGUCAGAAGCGGAAAAGCCUCUUCUCGAAGCUGCCCAAGCGCAGGCGCGUAUAGCUCUGUAGGUGAUACGACAGCCCCAGCAGCGUCUCCAUGCAGCUGGAGCUUGAACAAAAGCAAGUCACUUCGUAUGCUGUAUUGCAGAGGAAGCCCAUGCCAA